CUCAAAGUCACCUCUCAUCUUCACCCAAAUAACUCACAUUCUCUCUAUAAGUUCUCUGGAUAUUCAGUUUUGAUCCUUAACUUCUAAGUUCAAUAAAAACAAUGGAUAAGCUACAGAAGAUGAUAUCCGAGAAGUCCGUAGUGAUCUUUAGCAAGAACUCGUGCUGCAUGUCUCACACAAUCAAGACUCUUUUCAUAGACUUCGGCGUGAACCCAACGAUCUAUGAACUCGACGAGAUCAAUAAAGGAAAGGAAAUAGAGCAAGCAUUGGCUCAGCUUGGGUGCAGCCCGACUGUACCGGUGGUGUUCAUAGGAGGGCAGCUCGUUGGUGGAGCCAAUCAAGUCAUGAGCCUUCACCUUAAUCGCUCCCUUGUUCCAAUGCUUAAGCGCGCUGGUGCAUUAUGGCUUUAAUAAUAUAUUAAUGAAGCUAAGGUUACUGGAAAAAACGAAAAGUCAUACAUACACAAGUGUGUGUAUGAGUAAAUGAUACGUCUAUCUAUGUUUUGAAAAGAUAGAUUAUGCGAGUACCAAUUUUGUAAACUGUGGGUGUAUUUUAUAAUAAAAUAAUUAACCAUGGAUAUCAACUUUUCCAUGUU